AUGCAGAUCUACGACACGAUAGACGGCGAUGGGGACCCAAAAGAAAUCGGCCUCAAAGUUCCCGGAGGCGCCAAAGACUUGACCUACCUAGACGUCUUAGACGGGGAGAGAAUUCUGCAGGAACUGAAAGUCCGCUAUGACAGAAGCUCUUACUACACGUUUAUUGGAGAUAUUCUCCUAGCGAUCAACCCUGGCAAUGGAGUUGGUUUGGAUCUGGACGACACAGAGAACCAUACCAAAUAUUCGGACAAAGCUGCGACGCCAUGCAGAGAUCCACAUGUAUUCUGGACGGCGCAACAUGCACUCAAGAAUCUCCGCAAGACCGGGGCGAAUCAGUGCAUCCUGGUCAGCGGGGAAUCUGGGGCCGGCAAGACGGAAUGUACCAAAAUGGUGAUAAAGCACUUGGCUCAUAUCACCUCAUCCGCUACGGACAAUUUACAUGACAAUAUUGUCGAGGUGAAUCCACUGCUGGAAGCUUUCGGAAAUGCCAGUACGGUCAUGAACACCAAUUCCAGUCGAUUUGGCAAAUAUGUCGAGCUUUUCUUCUCGGAGAACCAGGGGAACCUUGUCGGAGCCAACAUUUACGAUUACCUUCUGGAAAAAUCCCGUGUGGUACACCGAGGUCCUGGCGAAAAGAAUUUCCACAUAUUUUACUACCUGUUUGCGGGGAUGCCAGAAGAAGAGCUACUCUACUACUACCUUGAGGAACCCCAGAAAUACAGGAUUUUUGUGGACACAGAGGGUAAUCACUCGACUCACUGGACAUCCGAGGACGUGGAUAUUUACAAGGAGAAGUUUCAGGAGCAGAAAGCUGUGAUGAGGAAUGUGGGCUUUGCAGAUGAGGAAAUCAGCAUGAUUUUCACGCUUUUGUCCUCUGUUAUACACCUGACAAACCUGACAUUUUUACCCGACGAAGAGACAGACGGUGUUCAGAUAGAUGAUGAAUUUACACUGAGAGUUGUUGCUAAUCUCCUGUACAUCGACAUCAACGAACUGACCACUGCCUUGAUUUCCAACAUCGUCUACGUUGCUGGUGAACGAGUGGAGUGUUUAAAGAAGCAGGCACAAGCUGACGAUGGUCGCGAUGCUCUUGCCAAAGCUCUCUACGCCAGGCUCUUUGGUUGGAUUGUCGGUCAAAUCAACAACAGGAUCGUCCCCAAAGAUAAUGCCAGGACACAAGAAGCCAGUAUCAGCAUUCUGGACAUGUCUGGUUUCGAACAUCUACGUGCCAACAGCUUCGAACAAAUUUGUAUCAACGUCGCCAAUGAGAAUCUUCAGCAAUUUUUCAAUGAUUACAUCAUUGAGAGAGAUAUCCGAGAAUACGAAAGCGAAGGCGUUAAAUUGUCCGACAUCAGCUUCCCAAACAACCAGCCGCUUUUGGACUUAUUUCUCAAGAAACCAACUGGCAUUUUUUACAUUAUGGACGAAGAAUGUAAUUUCCCCAAAGCAACAGACGACACACUGGUGCAAAAACUAAACUCAGUCUGUGAUGAGUCUGACAACUUCGUCAAGUCAACAUUCGCUGCCAACGCUUUCACUAUCAAACAUUACGCUGGAGAGGUGAGUGUCUUGUUAGUCGGAUUCUUGGAGAAGAAUCGAGACAGUCUCAGCUUCAAUUUGAUAGAAUGUAUGCAAAACAGCAAGAAUGAAUUUGUGAAAGCAUUAUUCUUGUCCAGCAUUUCGGAAACGGGAUCUAUUUCCAGGACCUCCAGCUUCGUGAGAGUUAAGGACUCUCCAAAAACCAAAAGGGCCGAGAUCGCACGUGACAAUGGCAAAGUCAGCCUGUCCAAAGCAUUGGCUAGAAGAAUCAGGAGGCACAGUAAGAGCGGCGGGACCGCCUCCCAGCCGAACACAGGAACCCGCUCUACCUGCACCAUGGGUGUCUACUUCAGGAGAUCUCUGGCAGACCUCCUGGCGAAGAUGUCCAAGACUAAACCGUGGUUCAUAAGAUGUAUCCGAGCAAAUGAAACUGGCAAACCAACAGAUUUCAAUCGACGCAUGGUGAUGAGACAACUGAAGUGUACGGGUAUUAUGGAAGUAACCCGGAUCAGGAAGGAAGGCUAUGCAGUGCGCAUGUCCUUCACUGAUUUCUUGGAUCGAUUUGGAGAACUGCAGUUCCCGCCUGGAGCAGUGGUCGAUCCAACACCAGACAACUGCCAUGCCAUUCUCAGCGACAUUGGGGUGGAGGGCUACGUCAUCGGCACCUCAAGGAUCUACAUGCGACAGAAGAACAAUAGGAUCCUUCAAGAAACGCUACGUCAAAAACGGCACCGCAGGGCGGAGCUGGAGCGGCUAAUGAUGGCCCAGUCCAACGAUAGCAGCGAGAUCUACAGCUCCCAGUCUGUAAUCGCCGACACAAUCGACACCGACGCUACCUCCACGCGCUCCUCUGGUUAUCGUGGUGAUGUCGUGUCCGUCAACUCCUCUUCGUUGGCCAGCAAGACCGAUUACGGCUCCAUAGCCUCUUCAGAAAGACCGUUCGGAUCCAAAGACGAUCUGGCUAAGGAGUUCCGCAUGCAUUACCACGACAUGUCGAGUAGGAGCUCAGAGAAAAACAUGGCUGCCCCUACCCCACCACCAAACAAAAUCUCCAGUGGUAUUAGCGCUAAAUUACAACCGCGAGUUUGGGACAGGUUUCGUAUGAUACCACGUGAGCGAGUGAGUUCCAGUGAACGAUUUGAACCUCUGUUGAAACUCUUCAAAAUCGUCUGGUACUUUUUCUUGUUCGCUGUGGUUUUGGCAUCAGCCGUUGUAAGCAAAACUACACUUCUUCUGAUGACGACAGGACUUUCUGUGGUAAAUGGUCCUCAAAACGUGGUGCGGACAAAACUGGUGAUUUGUGUGAUAUUUCCGUACGCCUGUUGGUUUGUACUCUACACUCUUAAGGCACUGUUUGGAAAUCAAGCCUGGCCAACGUUUAAGCUUUAUACUGCUGUGUUUGCGGUGGAGCUACUACACACUUUUGGCCUGUCUCUGAUCCUGUUCCGCAUUCUGCCGAGUGUGGACAUGAUCCGAGGUCUAAUGGUGUUGACCAGUGUGGCCGUCUUCCCGGCGUUCAUGAAAACAUUGAUCAAGAUGAGGGAGUUCUCAACAGGCGGAGGUCCCAAGCGAUUCUUCCUUAUCAUCCUGAACGCCUUUGCCUUCCUCAUACAGUUGGGUGCCAUACCGGUCAUGAUGCUGCUGGGAUUCACCAUGUCCCACUCCGAAAAAACCAGCGCCCUGAUCAAAGCGGAGACAUUCGGAAACAACACCAACACUCUUGCACGUGACCCCACAACCACGGGGCUCAGCUUCCACUCCAUCAUGUGGGAAAUCCCCGUUGGAUUGAUCUGUGUGUCUUUGGCAUACUGGGAAAACUUCGCCGACUCGGAUCUGUACCUUUGUGGGUUGCGAAUAUCAAUGAACAAAUGGAAGAAGAACCUGCACGCCUGUCGGGAGAAGGUCUACAUGUUUGUCAGUCUCUGGAAAAUCGUGUGGACGCUGAUCUUCGCCUACCUCCUCCUCGACAACUUCUACCUGACCCUGUUUGUUCACUCAGAAGGAAACGUCACGACCACCAGUGGAGAGGUAAAGUCUGUGCAGAAGAGGCAGGCUCCGAUUUCGCUCAACACAACAACAACGACAACGGCCGCACCAGAAGACGACAAGGCAUAUUUGGUGGAAGAGAGCCUUCGGCUUCACUUCCUUGGUUAUGGGCCGAUGUGGGCGCUCAUGUUCGCCACUGUCGUCUGCACUUACUUCGGAAUGAUGGCAUGUAAGCUGUGUAUGCAAAUCGUUGGCUUCGCAAUGCCGAUGAUGCUGGCAACACCGGCUACCCUUGCGGUGAUCCUUACUCAGUGUAUGGUGGAACGCUGGAUCCCGGGUCACUUGAACUUGAUCGUGUGGUUCUGUCCGGAGAAAGCGAUCAUGGGAGACAUGCUGCCGUUCCAUUACAUUGCAUUUGGUUUGCUUUGGUUAUCACAGAUGAUUAUUGCCAGUCACAUAUGGUUCCCAGCUUCCGGUAGAAUGACCAAAACGGAGAGAUUGUUCGUGCUUCCUAUGCGAUGCUCCGCUCUGGUGGAACAGAGCUUAUUACUGAGACGCCGCAGAGAUGACAAUGACCUGGCCCUAAAACCAAGUGAGGACGAGGAAGACGAAGACGAAAGCUACAAGGCCAAUGACAUAGUCCCCAGGAUAUACGCAUGUGCAACAAUGUGGCACGAAACUAAAAACGAAAUGACUCAGUUGCUGAAAUCUCUCUUCCGAAUGGAUCAAGAUCACAGCGCUCGUUAUCUAGCACAGAAAUACUACAAGAUCAAGGACCCAGAUUACUACGAGUUUGAAGCCCACAUUUUCUUCGAUGACGCCAUGGAGUUGAACGACAAUGACGUCAUGAUACCGAACCAGUUUGUAGCUAAUCUGAUCGAAAGCAUGAACGAUGCGUGCAGCUCUGUUCACGAACGGCCCAUGUUUAUGGAGGCUCCCAUCAAGACAGUCACUCCUUAUGGAGGGCGGCUAACAUGGCGUCUCCCUGGACGGACUAAACUGGUGGUACAUAUGAAGGACAAGACCAAGAUCCGUCACAAGAAGAGGUGGUCACAGGUCAUGUACAUGUACUACUUGCUCGGGUACAGAAUCUUUGCGAUCAAGGACUACAGGAAGCAAAAGGAAGAAGGAGCCAAGAACUUCUCUCCGUAUGAAGGCUCUCCCAUCAAACUGUCCGCCACCGAACUCCGCCGUCGCCGACGUGCUGCUCACUACAGCAGGAGCGCCAUCUUCCACCAGAUGGACGACGAAACCGAAAUUCAAGCCGAGAAUACGUUUAUUCUCACUCUCGACGGAGAUGUAGAUUUCAAACCGGACGCUGUGAGACUUCUUAUGGAUCGUGUGAGGAAAAACAAGAAAGUAGGAGCUGCUUGCGGACGUAUCCAUCCCAUCGGAUCUGGACCUCUAAUCUGGUAUCAGGACUUUGAAUACGCCAUUGGUCAUUGGCUGCAGAAGGCUGCAGAGCAUGUCUUUGGUUGUGUACUUUGCGCUCCUGGAUGCUUCAGUUUGUUCAGAGGUUCAGCCUUGAUGGAUGACAAUGUUGUACGUUCUUAUGCUACUCGUGCAACAGAGGCCUCCCAGUACAUUCAGUACGAUCAAGGUGAAGAUCGUUGGCUAUGUACCCUGCUACUACAACAAGGAUACCGUGUGGAAUAUUGUGCAGCCUCCGAUGCUCUAACCCAUGCCCCGGAAUCCUUCUUCGAGUUCUUCAACCAACGACGUAGAUGGGGUCCAUCCACACUGGCUAACGUCAUAGAUCUGAUCUCAGACUGGAAGAACACCGUGCGCCUGAAUGACAAUGUGAGCCGAUUCUAUAUGCUGUACCAGUUCCUGUUUAUGGUAUCCACCAUUCUCGGCCCGGCCACCAUCUUGCUCAUGAUAAUUGGUUCUCUGAAUGUUGUCUUGAAUAUCGGCAUUGGGUGGGCUUACCUGUUAGGCCUGGCACCUCCGGUAUUUUACAUCAUAAUAUGCCUCUACACGAAAACAAUUAUCCAGCUGUACACCGGGGCAAUCCUCAGCGCUGUCUAUGCCAUUAUCAUGACCGUGGCCAUCGUGGGCUCAAUAUCAAACGCUGUCGUCGGUGGCCCAACGAGUCCAAACACUAUUUUCUUGAUCCUGUUGGCAAGUGCUUUCUUGAUAUCUGCCUUGAUGCACCCACAGGAAACGCUGAGUAUAGGUUAUGGUAUCUUGUACCUGAUCUGUAUCCCGGCUGGUUAUCUCAUCCUUACGGUCUACUAUCUGUGUAACUUGAACAUCGUCACAUGGGGAACCAGGGAAAUGCCAGUGAAGAAAUCUCCAGAAGAAAUUCAACAAGAACAACUGGCUAAAGAACAGAAAAAGAAGAACAGUGGACUGAUGGUGAGACUGGGAUUGGAUUCCGCCAUUCGGGAGAUGAAAGAUCUCCUCAAACAACUGCACGGCUACAUGACUGGAGCUUCAGCUAAGAAGAACAAAACUGAUAUCCUUCUGGAGGAACUUGUUCUGGAAAUGAGAGCACAGCGUGGUGCAUCUCCCAUCGACACGAAGACCAAGGCUCUGAUCCAAAGUUCCGAUGAUGAUUUAGAAUCGGUAAUGACAGAUACCCCAACCUUGAAAUCUGAGGUGAUUCCAACGAUAACUAGACCUCCGAGAAUCGAUCGUAUGCCCAGAGAAGAUCCCAGACGACCAGCAUGGCUAAGGUACCCAAGAGUAGGAAACGGCCCAUGCAGGCCUUUGAAGCACUUGGAAGACAACUUCUGGAGGCAGUUGAUCAGUCGUUAUCUGCACCCUAUUAAAGAGGACAAAAUUCACCAGGAAAAGGUCGCCACGGAUCUGAAGAGUUUACGUAACAAUGUCGUAUUCGGUUUCUUCAUGGUGAACGUAAUUUGGAUGGUGCUGUCUCUGGAACUGGCUAUUGUCUACGAUCGAGUGCAAGGUCUUUUCAUUGCUAUUCCUCACGUGGAGGAGGGAAAAGAAAACCACCUGGAACCAUUGGGAUUCGUCUUCCUGAUUCUUUUCGGUCUUUUGCUGAUUACACAGUUUUUGGCCAUGUUGAUUCACAGAUGGGGUACGCUGCUGCAUUUGCUCUCCAUCACGGAGGUGCCACUCCUUCCUAAAAAGCACGGUAUCAAUGACGUAGCUCGAGAUGCAAUUGAGAAGAGUAGGAGGCUUCAGCGUUUGAUCGACAUCGAGUAUGAGCCUGAGCCCGACCCAGAUUACCCAACAGACGACGACAUGAACGAGCCGUUCCCAGACUACGAUUCAGAGUACGAGAGUUCGUUGACGUCAGCACCAUCAGAUUCUCUCUUAAGCGACUUCCCUCCGUCGUACCACAGCGAUGAGGAGUUCUACCCGUCGAACAUGUCGGACAAGAAAGAGAAGCGCAGGAAGAGGCGUGCAGUGUUCGACGAGCGUGGCUUCUCGACGGGCCACACCUUACAGCAGGCGUUCAUUCGUCGGUUCCGCCGCAUGCAGUUGGAAGAACGGGACCGACAAGCCUCCAUGCGCUCCGGAUCCCAGACCUCCCGACCAUCCUUGUUUACCGCCUUCAACAUCAGCAGGGAAGGUACGGUCGCCGGAGAUAGCCGACCCGAGACGGACGUCGAAGCCGGACCCUCCCGAGCUUCUUCAGCACUGUCGCUGCCUGUUUUGAGCUCAACGUCCACUCCGCGUGCCUGA